AUGGAUGAUAUUCGAACAUGGAUUGCCGAGGUUUGGGAGUGGUUGCCUAAAAAUGUGAUUGUCAAAGUAAUUCUUGUGUGUUGGGCGGUGUGGGGUAAUAUGAAUAACACGGUAUUUAAUCAGCAAAGCAUAGACCCAAAGACUUUGAUGGACUGGGUUUUGGCUUAUUAUGCUGAUUGGGUGAAGGUGCGAAAUGCCACAAAUAUUUCAAACAUUGAUUCUAAUGCAAGUACUGGUUUGCGUCAUUGGCAACCACCUUUGCAUGAUUUUUGGAAAAUAAAUGUGGAUGUGGCUAUGGAUUAUGUGAAUUACCGGAUGGGGUUUGGGUGGGUUGUGCGUGGUGGGGAAGGGGAGGUUGUGGGGGUGGGGUGGCGUUUGGUGAGGGGUGUGUUCUCGGUUCGAGAAGCAGAGGCUGUAGGGGUUCGGGAGGUGCUGAGUUGGGUCAAGGGGAAGGGGUGGGAGCGUGUUAUUGUGGAGACUGAUGCAUAG